CUGACAAGCAAUACUCGCAGCCUCCCACACGACACAAUGGAGGCCCAGACAUCCCACGAGAAGAACCGUCUACAGACCAUCGAGCAAAAGGUCAAGGACGUGGAGCACAAACUCAACACGCGAUUGCCAGUGCAGUACCGACACAUUGUUGCCCUGGUGUGCGGUACCAAGUGGCGACUGCAGACGUUCAAGCCGCAAGACGCCGCUGCUGUCGUCAAGAAGAUGCGCUUGGAGCUCGGAGCUUUCGACUACCGCGUCAAGGAGCAGGCAGAGCUCCUCACUCGCUACCUGAUCGACUUGGACGGCGUUCUGAGCUACGGAGACGCCGACAUCAAGAGCGCACGCAAGGCACUGGUGGUGGUCAUUCAGCAGCUGCUUCUUCAGGCCGACGCCUUCAAAGAGCGCAGUGCCAAGCUUAAACAGUUCGGAGAGCGCGUACUCAGUGGCUUGGAAGGCCACGCGCCUGCGCCUUCGACGCCUACAGACAGUGACGCUGAGUCCGAUGAUAUGCACGUGAAGAGUCUGUUUGAAGAGAGCGAGGAAGAAGAGAGUGACCCGGAGCCUGAAGAAGAAGAGGAUAAGGAAGAAGAUAUGGAACGACCAGUUGACGCUAAGGAAGACGAGGAGAUGGAGCCUAUGGAGCCGGAGGCAUAUGAUGAAUUUGAAGACGAAGAGGAAGUUGCUCCUCCGAAGAAGUCGCUGCGUCUCCAACCAGCUGUGAGGCCUCAAACCGAAGACAUCGACGUCAACUCUCUGCCUGUGUGGCGGCCAUACUACCAGCUACAGCGUCGACAGGACGGCAUCUACCUCAUGGCGCGUCUAAACAACAUCGACCCACGUAACGUUCGUGUGCAGUGGAACGAACACAAUGGCGUACUUCGCAUUUCUGGCUUCCGUCUACCAACGCAGAAGGACAUUGUGAUGUCUCGUCUAAGCGGCACACCCACCUUCGGUCGCUUUGAAAUCGCCGAGCAGUUCCCGCAAAAUAUGCUCAACAUGGAGGAGGCCACGCAGCAGAUCGUCGAGGACGGCACUCUGCAGAUCCGCAUGCCUUACUACGUGAUGCGACGGCCGCAACGAUACCGUCCGGCGUCGCUCUUCCAGCCGCAGGACUGUUUUGUCUGGUAAACAGAGCUACUGAAGUAGCCGAAAUGUACACUAGGAUCGAUAUUUCAGCCGGUAGUAAUCUUUUUUUUUACAAGAAAUGAAAACUGCUGCUUAUAUGUAA